AAUUGAUUAAAUGUUUUCGACAGUACAUAAAGAUUCAGGUCAGUGCACUAGGAAGCUUCCAGCUUCACUAGAAGUUGCCGAAACAGACGCUUAUGGAGAGAGUGCAGCGUCUACAAAACAAGAAUUAGCUUUGAAUGAGCAGACGAGCGUUUUCCUACCUAUUAAAUCGGAAAAAAAAAAUAAAUAUGGUUUUACAAAUAGCUUUUGUGACCUCACUAUACUGGUGGAGUUAGCAUGGGCAUCAAGGAAUCCAGGUGCGAAAAAUUGUCCUCGAAGUAGAAAAGAAAUUUUAGAAAAAUUUAAAUCUCAAGAAAGUACUCAACACGGAAGUAUUUUACCUUUUUCAAAUGCUCACGAAUUGUCUUCAUAUAAAUCGAAGGAAUGUGACAUAAAGAUCAAGGGGAUCGGAAACAUGCAAGCAUCAGAUGAAUCAGCCGGUGCUUCUUUAGAAAAUUCGUCGGACACUUCAAGCGAUAAUGAAAUAUUUGCAAGCCGGUUAAAGAUGGUUGCCAAAGUCAUUAACUCUCGAAAAAAAACUAAAAAAAGAAAAUCGUUGCAAAAUUGCCAAAGUGCAAAUGGGUUGAGUAAAAUAACGUCAGAAAAAAACGUAAUGAAUAGAGGUUUAGACUUGCAUCAAGCCGGAGAAAAUGAAUUAGUUGACUUAGCAAGUGACGACAGUAGGUCUAAAUUGGGACAAAAAGUUUUAGAUCAGCAAAACAAAAAAAAUAUUCUCACUCCACCAUUGGAAUUACUACCCUACAAAGCUAAUUUUGUAAAUCCGCGGAUCGAUAAUACUACUUAUCUACUACGUUCCUGUAUUAUUUUAUCUCAAAAUUUACUUCACUAUUUAAUUUUUUCUCUGAUUGCCGGGCACAAUUUUCCCGAUGCUGCCUACUUGUUUUCCAUUUACUUACUAACCUUUCCGCGAUCAACUUAUUCAUGGAUAAAUAUUAAUGACUAUCGAUUGUUUCAAAGAUUUUUCACGGCUACUCCAGAUUUAAUUUACUCAUCAAUGCGCCUGAAUUUUUUAGAGAAAUGCUUUGGAAAUCCAACUAUGUUAAGACAUGAUAUUGUUUACGACAUAUGCCAGUUAAAUUGUAUAAGAAGAACACCUGAUGAAGCUUUACUGUUUUUGGACAGGUUAAUAAGUUCACGUGUAUCUGGCGGAUCUUUAGCAGCGACAAUUCAUGCCUGUAUGGCAUGGUCGUUGUACUCAAAAUGGCUUAAGGAUUUGGUUGGUGAAAAUUUUGAAUCUUCUGAUUUGCACAAAAAUUUAGAGGAAUUGGCUAUAAAAGGUUGGGAACUUCGUUCUGUCGAAAAUAUACGACAUCAAAUGGAUACUGCUGUUUUAUAUAGCUGGAAGAACCAAAAAAUUCUUCCCACCGAUUUUCUUCGUCUUCUCUGUUGGUGCUACGUUUCUCAUGAUACAGAAAAGCUUUGGUCUUUUUUACAAGACUUAUUGUCAGUAGCGCCGUGCUGUUUGGAUUUGAUAGAAUUGAAGCUUUUACUACUGCAGCUACCUGUGAAUUCAUGGAACCUAAAUGAAUAUUUCUAUUCUAUGGUUGCAAACGACAAUAAUUCUCGGGCACUGGUGGAAACAACACUACGAUAUGCGGAAUUUUCUCGCGGAGAGCCUGCUGCUUUCAAUUUAGUUCUUGAAUCCUUUCCAAAGCUAACUUUCGUCCACAGACUGCAAUGUAUUUUUCAUUUUUUAAAUUCUAACUGUUCUUAUGCACCGUUUUGGCGCGUUCUUGUUGAGGAAACUGUCGGUCGAUUAGGUAUUGAGAAAUCGCUUAAGAAAAAGGAUGGAUUAAAUGAAUUAUAUUUAUGGACUGCAAUUGAUGAUGUGUUAACGUUAGCAGAAAGAUUACAAUGGUACCGAAAAAUUUUUGACGCUAAUCGUUCUUGCAUAUCUCUUCUUCCCGUUGAAUCGCAUAUUUUUGUCUUACUUGUUGCACCUCUUUUUGUGUCGUCCUGGAAGUCAAUAGUCGAACUUGCAGCGUUUAUUAGCACAAAAAGUUUUCAAGGGCGCAGGUCUUCGUUAAUUCUUCCCCGACGACAAGUUUUGGCUGUUAAAUCUUUAUGCUCUAUAACAAAAUAUAGUCAUGAAAUUUCAAAACACUCAAAAGCCGUAGUAUCUGGUUUCACUUCUUUAUUAUUCUAUAUAUUUGAAAGCAAUUCGGAGUCUAAAAAAUCCGUUGAACAAUGUCCUUGUAUUUUAAAUACAGAAGAAAUUAGUUUAUUGACGGAGGUUGCAUUUAGAUUGAUACUUAAGCCUAGUACAUCGAGUAUAACUUGUAGAAAGUACAGGCACCGUCAACAAUUAUUUUAAAUUUUCAGAAUUAUUUAUUUCAUUAUUACAAUAUUUUACUUGAUUCAAAACACAAUACAUUAUUUUCUUUUUAUAAAAACAUUUUUAAAUACAUGGUGUCAACUUCACAAGCCCCAUAAAAGAAGCUACAUCAAUAAAAUUUAAUGAAAUUAUAAUCCAAAUAUUUUUGAGAAUUACUUGAAGUAUGCAAAAAAAAUUUCGCAAAAUUAUAUAGUGGUUUAAAA